AUGACCAGUUUUCAAAAACUUGAAACACUCAUUCUGGGAGAAAAUAAUCUUAGCGGAAACAUUCUCAAUUCUAUCUCCAAUGCUUCCAUGCUCAAGAGGCUUUCAUUAAGAAAUAACUCCUUCUAUGGCCUUAUUUCAAAUGCUUUUGCCAACUUAAGACGCCUUGAAUGGUUCUCAAUUGCGAACAAUCAUUUUACCGCAGAACCUGCUACUCACAAGUGGAGCUUUCUCUCUUCUUUGGUAAAUUGCAAGAAUUUGAGAUUUAUAGAUGUUUCACAAAAUCCAUUGAAUGGCAUUCUUCCAACUUACAUUGGGAAUCUUUCUAGAACUCUUCAACAACUUUUAGCUUCUGAUUGUGAGCUUCAAGGUAAUAUUCCAUUGGAAGUCGGUAACUUAAGCAACAUGUUGCUUUUACACCUUAGAGACAACAAAAUAAGUGGAUCUAUUCCAGCGACAAUAGGUGGACUAAGAAAUUUGCAAGUUUUGAUUCUCGGAAUGAAUGGAUUACAAGGGCCCAUUCCACAAAAUAUUUGCGGAUUGAAGAGAUUAUUUCAUUUGGAAUUAUCUUAUAAUAAGCUUGGAGGACCUAUGCCUAUAUGUUUGGGUAAUUUGACUUCUUUGAGAAAUCUUAUCUUAGGAUCCAACAAAUUGAGUUAUACGAUACCUUCAAUCUUGUGGAGCCUCAAAGAUAUUUUAACAAUAGAUUUGUCGUCAAAUUACCUGGGCAGCUCACAUCCACUUGAUGUUGGAUAUUUAAGGGCAUUGAUGUAUUUAAAUUUGUCAAGGAAUCUUUUGAUGAGUGAUAUCUCACCUACAAUCGGGGGCCUUGAAACUUUGGUUUCUUUAGAUUUAUCUAAUAACAAAUUUCAUGGUCAUAUUCCUGAAUCAUUUGGUGGCUUGAUUAGUUUGGAAUUCUUGGAUUUAUGCAAUAAUAAUAUCUCUGGAGUUAUUCCCAAGAAAUGCAAAAGCAGGAGUAUAACUCAACCAGUUAAGGAAGAUUUGUUAUCUUUGAAAACAUGGAGAAGAAUUUCAUAUGAUGAACUUUCACAAGCAACUGAAGGAUUUGGAGAAUGCAACUUUCUUGGUUCAGGGAGUUUUGGAUCUGUAUAUAAAGGGAGGCUUUCAGAUGGGAUGAAUGUUGCAAUAAAAGUUUUCAAUUUGCAGAUAGAGGGAGCAUUUAGGAGUUUCGACACUGAAUGUGAAGCUUUGCGUAAUAUAGUCCAACGCAAUCUUGUCAAGGAUCAAUAUAAUGAUAGAUGUUGCAUCAGCUCUAGAAUACCUCCAUGCUGGUCAACCAAUCCUAUAAUCCAUUGCGACCUAAAGCCAGGUAAUAUUCUACUAGAUGAAGAACAAGGUUGCGCAUUUGGAGAUUUUGGCAUUGCCAAACUAUUGGAAGAAGAUGAUUUCAUGAGACAAACCAUGACACUUGCAACUAUUGGAUAUAUGCACCAGAAUAUGGAUCGGCAGGAAUUGGUUUCGGUUCUCUCUUCUACAUUCACUGUUCUUUGCAAUUCAAAGUUUCAUUGCAAACGAAGACAGAGACUUGGAAGCAAGAACCGUGCAGCCGGCUAUCCAGUGAAUUCCAAUUUAUGUUAG